AUGGCCGACCCAGCCCCCAGUCCUGAGAAGGACGCUCCGCCGCCUGUCGACGCCGUCCCCAUCAUUACCCCACCGCCGCCCGAGUCCCCGCAGAGCAUCACUACCCGCCGCCUGGUCAUCCUGUCCUUCUGGGCUGUCGCUGUCCUGCUCGGCCUGCCGCUAUGGUUCAAGACAACUACCAUCUACCGCGCCCACCUGCCUCUGCAGCAGAUGCUCGACUGGGCUGACGGAAAGGUGCGCUUCCUCUCUCCCUCACAGUGCCUGUGUUUGCUGACGCUCUCCGAGACCUGUCGCCCCGUCUUCCCGCUGCGCAUUGCCAUUGACGCCCCCAUCCUGCCCGAGCAAGACGCCCACCACCUUCUGCGAACUACCCAGCAUGCCCUCGAUGACCUCAAUGACUUCUCCGCCCAUCAUCUUCGGCUCGUUCUCGCCGAACCUCAGCAGGAACAGUCGCAGCCAUCUAAUACCGACAUUGCAUUGACCUUGAACCUGAUCCCCUCCCCCAAUGGGCCCACCCCGAGAGCCGAGCUGCGAUCCUACGAGCCUAUUCUAGACGUCUAUUAUACCCAGAACCAGAUCCCCUCGCCUUCCUCGACCUCGUCUCCCCUGGCCACGUUUCUUGCCAAUGAGCUACAAUCCAUAUUUUCUGAAGAGCAGGCUGCUCUGGCCUACCUGCUCUCCGGCACCGGCAUGGGAAACAUGGCCAGGAUGAAGACGCUGAGCCCUGAGACGACCGCUGCCCUGGAGAGACAGAAAACGCGUUCCUUCAAGUACGCCCCGACCUACCACCUGACCUUCUCGCUCUUCACCCCGGGCUCUGCUCCUUCGGAUUGGGAGAUUGAGGCUGCGCUGGACGAGUACAUUGCUCCAUUGCUACACUCGCUGUCGUCCAUCAGCAACUUCACUAUUGAUACCCAGGUCCAGCUCUAUGCAAAAUUUGCUCCCUCGAUUCGUGAGCCUGAAUUCGACAGCGAGAAAAAUGCGUGGACGCUGCACAAGGAAGAUCUCACUGGCUUCAUCAACGCCGCCGAAUGGCCCCUCAGCCCGUCGAUAGGUACCGGCCCCACGGUCAACUUUGUUCUCUACGUUCCCGCCGAGAACCAGAGCCCGAUGGUGGUCAAGGAGAAUGGCGGAAACAGCUGGUUGGUGCCGCAAUGGGGUGGUGUGCUUAUUCUGAAUCCUUCCAACCCCCCGGCGAAGACAGCAUCCAAUCCGGCGGCUUUGAACAAGGAAGCUCUCCGCCCCGCCAUGCUCACCUUCUCCAACCAGCUCCUCUCUCUGCUCGGCGUGCCCCAAACGCCCGACUCGUUGCCCUUGCGCAUUACCACUCUCACUCGGAUUCGUGCGGCCUCGCUCCUCUUUUCCGCUUCGUCCACGCUAGGGUCGUUGGCGCGACUGAGCUUGGCCUUGCCAUCCAUUGCCAUACCUGACAACGUGGCCAUCUCCGUUGAACAAACUAUCGCUCACCUCCACGCUGCAUGCGAUGAUCUCCGCGAGGGCAAAUUCCGCAGCGCGUUGGAACAUGCCCGCGUGGCAGAGGCUGGGGCUGAAAAAGCAUUCUUCGAGAGAUCCAUGGUCGGCCAAGUCUAUUUCCCCGACGAACACAAGGUCGCAGUCUACCUUCCUCUGUUGGGCCCAGUUGCUGUCCCGUUGAUCAUGGCCGCUUUGAAGGAGCUGAAGAAGCUGUCGGCCAGGCGGAAGAACGGAAGUUCAUGA